UAAAAUUAAAAUUGCAUGAGUCGUCCUACAGCUUCAACUUCAAGUACUAGUAGAAGUUCAAGAUCAAGAUAUGGAAAAGAAGUAAAAGAAUUAUAAGAUGCCUUGAAUUAAAAUAAAAUAGAAUCUAAAAGAGAUGCUAUUAGAAAAGUACUUUGAAUUAUAUAUAAUAGAUUAUUGAUGCAAUGACAAGAGGCAAAGAUGUUAGUAUGUUAUUUCCUGAUGUGGCAAAGAAUAUGGAAACAUCAAAUUUAGAAUUAAAAAAAUUGGUAUACUUGUAUAUCAUCAAUUAUGCCAAAAUUAUGCCUGAUCUUGCUGUCAUGGCUGUAAACAGUUUUAGAAAAGAUGCAAGAGAUAAGACAAACCCUUUUUUGAGAGCUUUGGCUAUCAGAACAAUGGGAUGCAUAAGAGUAAAGUUAAUUACAGAAUAUUUGUUGGAUCCAUUAAAGGAAUCAAUAAAAGUAAUGAAUGUAAAUUAACAAUAAGGAUGAAGAUUCAUAUGUUAGAAAGACAGCAGCUAUUUGUAUUUCUAAAUUAUAUGAUGUAUCACCUGAACUUAUAGAAGAAUAGGGUUUAUUGAAAUUAUUAGAGAAUUUAUUAAAUGAUGGUAAUGCCAUGGUUGUUGCAAAUGCAGUUUGUGCAUUAUUAAUUGUAUAAGAAUCUAAAGGUACAACUAUGCUUUAAUUAAAUCCUUAUACAAUUUAAAAAAUAUUGACUGCAAUGAAUGAAUGCAAUGAAUGGGGUGUGAUAUAUUGUUUAGAUGCAUUAGCAAUGUAUAUACCAGAAGAUGGAAAAGAAGCUGAAGCGUAUAUAUUAUUUUAUUAUCUAUUUAAAGUAUUCUAGAAAGAGUUAGUCCUAGAUUAAAUCAUAAUAAUCCUGGUGUUGUUUUAUCAGCAUGUAAAAUAAUGAUGAAAUUUUUGGAUUAUCUUUAAAAUCCAGAAACUAUAAGAUAAAAUGCUCUUAAAAUGACUGCACCAUUAAUUUCAUUAUUAAGUUUAGGUAAAGAGCCAGAAAUUUAAUAUGUGGCAUUAAAAAAUAUAAAUUUGAUCAUUUAAAAAAGACCAAUAAUAAUAGAAAAAGAUAUAAAAGUAUUCUUUUGUAAUUUUAAUGAUCCAAUCUAUAUUAAAUUAUAAAAAUUAGAAGUUUUAUCUAAACUAGCUAAUAAUGAUAAUAUUUAAUAGAUUUUACAUGAAUUAAAAGAAUACACUUAAGAAGUAGAUGUUGAAUUUGUAAGGAAAUCAGUGAGAACAAUAGGAAGAUGUGCAAUAAAAUUAGAAAAAGCAGCUGAGAAGUGUGUUACAGCAUUAUGGGAAUGUUUAAAAACUAAAGUUAAUUAUGUUGUUAUGGAAAGCAUAGUUGUUAUUAGAGAUAUAUUUAGAAAAUAUCCAAGAAAAUAUGAAAUGAUUCUUAAAGAUCUUUGUGAAAAUCUCAAAGCUCUUGAAGAUCCAGAAGCAAAAGCUUCAAUGAUUUGGAUUAUUGGUGAAUAUGUAGAUACAAUUGAAAAUGCUGAUUCUCUUUUAGGCAAUUUUAGUGAAAAGUAUACUUUAUUAUUUAUUUAUUAAUAGUUUUAAAGAUGAACCUGCAAAUGUUUAACAUUAAAUCUUAGUAGCUGUUAUGAAAUUAUUUUUAUAAAGACCUAAUGAUGGAAAAGAAUUAAUUCAUAACCUUCUUAAAACUGCUACUAUUGAAUGUGAAAAUCCUGAUCUUAGAGAUAGAGCAUAUAUUUAUUGGAGAAUGUUAUCUACUGAUCCAGAAUUAGCUAAAAAAAUUGUUUUCUCAGAAAGACCUACUAUUUCUGAUUCAAGCUAUACCAUUGAAAAUGAACUCUUAGAUAAAUUAAUUGAAAAUAUUGGAAAUUUAAGUUCAGUUUAUACCAAAAAACCUGAAAGCUUUGUUAAAAAAUUAAGAGAUGUCUUAAAUUCUAAAAUUGCUGAUAAAAUUGAUGAUGUUUAUGAUUAAGAUUAAUUAAUGGAAGGAAGACCAGAAGAUUAUAGUGAUUAAUAAGGAGCAUAAUCCAAUAUCUAUGAAAAUAAUUAUGAUACUUCAUCAUAAAUAUAAUCUUAAAAUCCAUAAUCUUAAGUAUAAUAAAUUACUUAAAAAAUUGAUUUAUUAGAAUUAGAUGAUAAUUAGCCAUAAUAAUAAUAAUAAUAAUAAUAACAAUAAUAAUAACAAUAAUAAUAAUAAUAAUAAUAAUAAUAAUAAUAAUAAUAAUAAUAAAUACCAUAAUAAUAAGUUUAAUAACCUAAUUCAUUUUAAAAUAUUAGGGUUCCUUUUGCUGAAGUAUUAAACGCAACAUCUCCUGGUUCUUAAAAAUAAAUUUAAGGAUUAUAAAUAGAAGCUGCCUUUCAAAAAAAUGGAGAUAAAAUUAUGCUUGAUUUAAAAUUUACAAAUAAAACUUAGGAUAAAACUUUUUCUGAUUUUGGUAUUAAAUUUAAUAAAAAUCCUUUCAAAUUAUAACCUGAUUCAAUUGAAGUUUAAUGUCAACCAGUAUUUCCAGGUUAAUAAUAAAUUGCUUAAUCAUCUAUAAAUACAAAUGGACCUGUAUUAGAAGAACCACCAUAAAUGCCAUAUAAAAUUUAAGUUGCCUUAAAAACUAAUUUAGAUGUUUAUUAUAUUUUUAUUCCUAUGUCUUUAAGUGUUUUAUUUGUAUUUUUAUCAUUUAUGCUUUUAGAGUACAACUGCUAGUAUAACUUAAUAAAAAUUUAUUGAACUUAGCUAAGCAUAAAAUAUGGCUAGAAAGCAAGAAGUCCUUUAAAUUUAAAUCGAUCCAUAAAGAGUACUAUAUUAAUAUAAUUAUUUAAUAGAUGAAAGAAAAGUUGGAACGAAAUUACUUUUUCUUGAUUGGAGUGAGAAAGGAUGAAAGGGGUGUUGAAUUACUUUCAUAUGCUGCUACAUUAGUUAAUGGAAUGCCAUUAUUAGUAAAUGUAAUCCAUACACCCACUGCAAUCAAUUUGCAACUAUAAGUUCCUCAUCCUACAUUAAUGCCAUUAUUAUAUUAAGCAAUUGGAUUUAUUUUAACAUUAAAUUGA